AUGUGUUUAAAGUGUUUGCCUACAUUAACAUAUCGAAAGCCUGUUACAAGGAGCCAAACAGCCAAGCUCGCGUCUGAAGAGCGCCAAGAAACCCCUAAUAUUGAUCCCAAUGUUGUCGCCAAUGUUGACGCCAACGUUGUUGCAGUCAACAACAACCUGGCGAAGGAAGUUGAAGAUCUUCGGGUGAAGAUGAGCAAUGUCGUGGCGGACAUGGCAGAGCUGCGGGAAAAGGUUGACUCCAUUGUCGCGGAUCAGGGCGCCAUAAAAGAGGUCUUGAUUGCGCAGACCGCUUUGUUGAAGGCUAUAGUCCAAAGACCGGCGGAGGCUGUAGUCCAAAGACUGGCGCCCGAAACAUCCUAUCCGCUAAAAUCUCUUGCGGAGAUGCGGCAUUUGGAGUCAACUAUUACUCCAGAUAACCAAAGAUCCCAUGUCACUGAAAUGUCGCGUAUUUUGAGUCAAGCACAUCUAAGGAGGUCCAUACGAAAGGUGUUCUCCGAUGAGAUGAUUGAUGCGCACAAUAUGGACGGGACACGUGGCAAGUCCAGGUUGCGAAAUUACCCAAGAAUUAUGGAAUGUUUACUGGAAGCGGUCCAGUUAAACUGUAAUGGCGGGCGGGCAAUAGAUGAACUGCGAGGAGCUUGACAUUCAGCCAAGAAUGCUAUUAUACAGACGCGGAAUAGGCA